GAAGUGGGCGUGGCGCGCAGGCGCAGUAACGAGAACAGCGUUCGCCGCCGACUGACAGGAGCCGGUUUUCGGACUCUCCCGCGACAAUGUCCCGCAAGCAAGCGGCGAAGGCCCGGCCGGGGAAGGCGGAGACGGAGCGGAAACGGGACGAGCGAGCGGCUCGGAGGGCGCUGGCGCGCGAAAGGCGGAACAGACCCCAGGCCGAGGGCGAAGGAGGCCUGGCCGGGCAGCUGCUGGCGCUCGGGCUGCGCCUCAGGGAGGUGCCGGGCGACGGGAACUGCUUGUUCCGGGCUCUUGGGGACCAGCUUGAAGGUCACUCCCGGGACCACCUCAAACACCGCCAGGAAACUGUGGACUACAUGAUAAAGCAACGGGAGGACUUUGAGCCUUUUGUGGAGGAUGAUGUUCCUUUUGAGAAGCACGUUGCCAAUUUGGCACAGCCUGGAACUUUCGCUGGCAACGAUGCCAUUGUAGCCUUUGCGAAGAACAAUCAAGUCAAUGUUGUCAUCCACCAGCUCAAUGCCCCUCUGUGGCAGAUUCGUGGAACAGACAAAAGCAACGCUCGAGAGCUGCACAUUGCAUAUCGAUAUGGAGAGCACUAUGACAGCGUCCGGAAGAUUAAUGACAACUCUGAGGCUCCUGCCCGGCUACAGACGGAGAUGUUGUGCAGAAACGAAUGUAAUAAAAAAGAGAAGGAGGAAGCAGAAUCAGAAGAGGAAGUCCAAGACGAAAUUGAGGAUGCUGUCCAGAAAGUGCGGAAUGCAACCGGCUGUCUGGAUGCUGAUUUAAUCCUCCGGAUCCUUGAAACAGAGGACUACAAUAUCGAGUCUGCAAUAUUUGUUGUGUGUCAGAUAAAUGAAGUAAAAAGGCUCCAUGCUGAGAAAGCCCAGGAAGCCCAGGAGACAAACCGACCGAAACUGCAUCCCAGGCCAGCCCUGUGGGAAGAAAAUGGAAGUGGCACUAGGAUUUUUGGGAGCCAGGAAAUAGAAAACAACAAACCCCAAAUGAGCUCGCUGGAAGGAAACCAAGCCAGUAAAAAGCAGGUACCAAAGCAGGUGUCCAACAGGCAGGAGAAGAAGCAACAGCGGCUGGAGAAGAAGCGAAGGCAGGAAGACAGGCACCGGCAGAAAGUCCUAGGAGGCAAGAGCAACCUCUCAGACAAUAAUAAGAACGCCAUGGAGUCUGAGUCGCAGGUCACCCUGGUGAAGACCAUUGCUGCUCUCAACAUCUGACUUAAUGAUGUUUCCCCAUUUCUGAUGUGCGUGGGAAAGUGAAACUCUGGCCGCUGAACUUUGCACCCCAAAAGUACCCUCUUCAGAGCAAACACUUCGCCCCUGUCUGUCUUUGUGAACAGGGGUGUCAGAACACUGGUGUGGGAUGGCUGAGCAGUUCCUGUGCUGGAGCCUGGACAACAGAGGCCUUAGGGGUGGAAUCCCCAAUCAUGGAUCCUCUCACUGCAGAGCUCAUGGAAUUUGCUCCCGAAUCUUCCAUGGCCACUUCCCAAUUUGUCUUAUUUUUAGUGACCCCCACCUGCAGGAGGGUUAAAGGGUUUCUUUGCUCAGGAACACACCUUCUUUUUGGCAAAGUCAGGGAAAAAAGAAAACUGCUUCUGACUUACAUCCCAAAGUGAAAACUUAACUACCAAAGUUGGUACUGAGCCUGUUAGAUUGUUGUUUUCUCCCCACAAUCCCACUCCCCAUGGCAAUAUUGUUAAAUUCUAGACAAUGAUCAACCGUGCACUUUAGCCUACGGAAAUGAUGGUGGCUUGUGUCUGGGUGUGUGUGUGUGUGGUGGGUUGUGUGUAUAGUAGCAAAUUCUAUACAGACAGGCCGAUAGUGUAGAGAAACUUUUCCUAUCUGCGGCAGGGUUUGUUUGAUCAAUUACUCACCUGCACCCCUAGCAGGAAUAGGCCACAAUUGUGUCACAGCACUGGUUGGGCAGGUGUCCACCAUUACAGACUUGUAGGGGAAGGACCAGAUCUCAUCUUGUGCCUGCCCAUGUGGGAUUCUUAGUCCUGCCCCACUUAUGCAGGGAGAUGGGCUCCUCCUGUGGGGGUAUGAAGUGUCUGAGCAGCGCUACAUAAGUUGGAUUUCAACUGUGGCUACUUCACCGAUGAUGGGGAGGAAAUGAACAAGCCCCAUGCUUGCCAGCUUACUAGUAUGUGAUGCAAACAAGGCUGACCCAAAGUGUACUUUCAUCUUGAACAUUGGCAGUUUUGUUUCCUUGUGAAUGUCAUGGCCUUCAUCCAAACACACUUGCUACUCAAAGAAUUACUUCUUCAUCAUGUUAAAUUUAUGGACCCAAGAAAUUAUACUGGCAAACUUCCAAA